CGGCUCUAUUUCUUUUUCUCAGUCCACGUGAUUUUUGCUGAGGUUGUAAGAAAACUCGUUGCCUUACGUGUUUGUAUUCAAUACCCCCUGAACAGCGUUCAGGCCUGCGCAUGCCUGCGCCCAAAAUUUUGACGUCAUAUCCGGCAGGCUGACACUUCCAGUAGAAGCCAGGCGUCAACGACAUGUAUAUAACCUCGUUCUAUCAAGCUCCUGGCAGCGCUCGGACCGGUUGAUUGGUGCAGCGUAGUCGCGUUUAUCGUUCCCUUUGUUGUUUUGCAGCAAUUUUGUUUCCGUGCGCGAUGUGCAGUGGGUAGUAAAAUGCCAAAUAAGUGUUGUGUGCCGGGAUGCACCGGCAACUACGAUACGGGGAAGAGGAUACAAGUGUUUUCUUUCCCUAAAGACGACGACACUCUGAAGAAGUGGCUACGCGCCAUUCCUAGGAAGGACUUCGCGCCCACUUCCUACACUAAGGUGUGCGCGGACCACUUUCAUUCCUCCUGCCUGGAGCGGACGACAACAUACACAGACCCAAGAACGGGGCAGGUGCUGGAAGCGACAUUGCCCGUGCCGCGCCUUCGUCCCGGUUCUGUGCCGACAAUAUUUCCUGUGUGUCCAUCCUCUACCUCGAAGCCACAACAAAACGCAACAGAAACUUCAGACGCACGAGGGACUCAAAUAGAAGCUGCAAAGCUCGCCGAUGGAGUCGACAAAAGGCGCCGCUUCGCAGCACCAGAGCUGAAGGUCCCACAUCAGCAGCAGUCAGUGAAGAGCAUCCAGCAGCUAGGAGCAGGUGCUUCAUCAACUCCUUCCUCACAAGUAGUGCACAUUCAGGGCCAUCACACGCAGUCCGGAAAGACUUGUCAAACUAGCAACUCGCCCAUUGCACUUGACCAAGGUGCAGACAAUGACCUCCUUGGCACUGUGUGGAUGAAUGUUGAAAGUGGUGAACUCCUUGCCAUGACCUCAAGCCCGCCAGCAACUGAGUCGGCGAGAGGUGCAUGCAGGUACAAGUCGCUAGCCAAAGAGGUAAAGACCAACCCGUUCAACAAGAGCUGUGCAGUGAUCGGCUGCGGCAACAAUCACCGAACGCGCUGGCUUUUAAUGAAGGAAGUGUGUUAUAAACACAAAGUGCUUAGGGGCAAGUGCAGAUGCGGCGUCUACGACUUUCAUCGCUUCCCGUCCUAUCGCAAGUGGCGUGACAAAUGGAUUGCAGCACUGCGCCUACCAGAUGACGAGUUCAUCGAUAGCAGUUGGGUGUGCUCGGAGCACUUUGUUCGUGGAAGGCCGACAUUUACACAUCCAGUGCCAACACUGGAUCUUGGCUACAGUUACGGGGGCGUGGAAAUCCAGAUGCCACGGAAGACUUUGGGCACCUCGUGCUGGACAAGAGAUGUUUCCACGCAGAAGGAUGCCCCCUUGACAUGCGCAGGGAUGUGCCAGACUGAGAGUUUGACUGGUUGGCUUAGGGACAAUUCCACACAGUGGGAAAGACCUUAUGAGCAUGUUCAUGUGGAACAUUCAUAUGCGGACAUGAAGUGGUUGCAGGAAUACACAUCAUUGAAAGGACCUUCCGCGUGUCGAACCAAAGGAAAGGUAUAGAAGCAGGUGAAGUGCCGACUGCAGUUAGACACUUCUGCAGGUUAUUUAUUUGUAUUUAUAUGUUCUUAUUCUUGAAUGAAUAGUUGCGGGAAGGAAUUUGAUGGCUAGCCUCUGCGGUGCUUCGUGGUAGAGGGAAAAAGAGUCCCUGUGCGUACAAGUCCGCAACAUUGGAGCUGUGAACAUGGGACUGGCUCAGUGGCACCACCUCACAGAGGUGCCCGCACGUGUACAGAGACCUGCAAAUAUCAAGGGUGGGCAUAUUCUCACUAUUCAUGCCUUAUUAUAAAUGUUUUCUUAUGAGCCAUUUCUGGCUCCUGUCUUGUGCCCUUUGGAAUCAACAAAAGCCAUUAAGUUUGAAUUAGUUCUAUUUGAUUUUAAGUGGCCUCAAUAUAGCAUUUUAGUCUAAAGGAAAUGCUUGACCCUUUUGAGCAUUCAAGUAUUGUUAUUAAGCAAUUUCUUAACAAGUUUAUGUGAUGAUACCACAUGAAUUUUAUAAUUAUAUUGUUCAUUUCGUUGCUGUAGCGUGUUGCUAUUUUGUACUGUAAUGAGUAGAGCUGUUUUUUACCUAGUGUUUUCUAUUCUCUUGUCCUCAAAUGUUUGUGUGCAAAAUUCUUUUGUGGUUGGUCUGCUGUAUUGCCAAGUUAAAAGGAGGCAGGACCUCUGUCAAGCUUGCAAGCUUGACAGAGGUCCUCGGUGUCCUUCUCUAUUUCAGAGAAAAUAAGACUGAUUGAUUGAUUGAUUUAAAAUAACUGCAUGAAAACCAGAAUUUAGAUUUGCUCUUAGUUAGCCACAUAUUGUAGUAUUGAAUUAUUACAAGUUUACUAUGCAACAUAUGAAGCCAAGCAGAUACUGGGCACAACGUAGAUACAGAGUAUGAAAUUAAUGAAGGCACACUACCAUUGUGAGUAAGUGCUCAAGGCAUUUGUUUAUUUUUAUUUUUUCUUUGUGUGUGUGUAAUAUAUGUACAUAUAUAUAUAGCUUUAUUUUUCAAAUACGACACACAGCAUUCAUGUACUGUCGAAGCUUGUUGUAACAAAGUUGCACUUGACAUGAAAAUACCCUUGUUAUAUCCAAACUUCGUUGUGGGCAUAUAUUCGUUACAUGCUGAUAUUGACUAGAAACAUGUCAGAUUGUUGAGAUCGCCACCUGGCAAUAUGCCUGCAAGCAUGCGCACCGUCCGCCAGCAGCAGGCUUCUCCAACAAACACUUGCGUGAUGCCACGGAUGCUAUAACGAUAGCACAGUGAUUGAUGCUCCAAACCAUGGUGUAGUUCAAACCGUGGGCGACUGCUGCGGACCGUUGUCGGGAUUCGAUUGGAAAAACUUUAAUAAAAAGUCCUGCGGAACGCA